CCUUCUAACAUAUAAACUCGCUAUAUUUUGUCAUUCUUUCUUUCGAGAUAUAGGGUUUGCAGAGCGCCAGCCACAGCACUUAGAUCUUCACCUCUGCAAGUAGUAACGCCGCCGCAAUCGUUCCUACAAAAUGGCGACCCAAAUAAGCAAGAAGAGAAAGUUCGUCGCCGACGGAGUUUUCUUCGCCGAGCUUAACGAGGUCUUGACCAGAGAGCUUGCUGAGGAUGGAUACUCAGGCGUGGAGGUUAGGGUCACCCCUAUGCGCACUGAGAUCAUCAUUAGAGCUACCCGCACCCAAAAUGUUCUGGGUGAGAAGGGAAGGAGGAUCAGGGAGCUUACCUCUGUGGUACAAAAGCGAUUUAAAUUCCCAGAGAAUAGCGUCGAGCUCUAUGCAGAGAAGGUUAACAACAGAGGGCUUUGCGCUAUUGCUCAGGCCGAGUCCCUUCGCUACAAGCUUCUUGGUGGUCUCGCUGUUCGCAGGGCAUGUUACGGGGUGCUGAGAUUUGUUAUGGAGAGUGGUGCCAAGGGAUGUGAGGUGAUUGUCAGUGGAAAGCUAAGGGCACAGCGUGCAAAAUCUAUGAAAUUCAAGGACGGCUACAUGAUUUCAUCUGGUCAGCCAGUGAAAGAUUAUAUCGACUCUGCUGUGAGACAUGUCCUCCUACGACAGGGAGUUCUUGGUAUCAAGGUCAAGAUUAUGCUUGAUUGGGAUCCCAAGGGAAAGCAGGGCCCAACAACUCCUCUGCCUGAUUUGGUCACAAUCCAUCCCCCCAAGGAGGAAGAGGAGUUCCUACGACCACCACCUGCAUUGGCAACCGAGAUUGAGGUUCCGGUGCCAGUGGCUUAAAGUCCUUAGCGUCAGUGUCUUGAUUGAUAUUGAUGUCGUUAUUAUAAAUGUCACUAGAGUGCUUUAAUUAUCUUGUUUUGCAACGUUUGGUACCUUUUCGAGUUUUUUGGCUGGACAUUUGAUACCCUUCUCAGGAGAUAUUCGAUUUUGUUUCAUGAGUUACUGAACCUGUGUUUUAAUAGAUUAUUACAUUAGUUGCA